CUGCAAAGGGCCGGUCCGUGCAUUGGCGCGCUCCGGUGCGGCAUCCCCCGUCCAGCUCUGCAGAGGCGCUCAGGCUGAAGAUGGCGGGCGUAAGCGGCACUGGUCCCGGCUCCGGUUCUGUUGCUGGCCCGGUCCAGCAGGGGCUCAAGGAGGCGCUGAUGGAGACGCUGACAGCCAUCCUGUCUCCGGUCCAAGAAGUGCGGGCUGCAGCCGAAGAGCAGGUGAAAGUCCUGGAGGUGACGGAGGAGUUUGGAGUGCAUCUGGCGGAGCUGACGGUCGACCCCCAGGGAGCCCUCGCUAUUAGACAGCUGGCGUCUGUGAUCCUGAAGCAGUAUGUGGAGACUCACUGGUGCGCUCAAUCUGAGAAAUUCAGACCGCCGGAGACCACGGACAGGGCUAAAGGAGCAAUCCGGGAGUUGCUUCCGAGCGGCCUGCGCGAGUCGAUCAGCAAGGUGCGCUCCAGCGUGGCGUAUGCCAUCUCGGCCAUCGCCCACUGGGACUGGCCCGAGGCCUGGCCGCGGCUCUUCAACCUGCUCAUGGAGAUGCUGGUCAGCGGGGAUGUGAAUGCAGUGCACGGAGCCAUGAGAGUGCUCACAGAGUUUACCCGCGAGGUGACAGACACUCAGAUGCCCCUGGUUGCGCCAGUCAUUCUGCCUGAGAUGUACAAGAUCUUCACCAUGGCAGAGGUCUACAGCAUUCGCACGCGGUCCAGGGCCGUCGAGAUCUUCACAACGUGUGCCAACCUGAUCUGUGCCAUUGACGAAGUGGAGAAGGGGGCUGCCAGGGCACUCAUCUUCCCCGUGGUCCAGCAGUUCACAGAAGCCUUCGUCCAGGCGCUGCAGAUGCCAGAUGGGAGCUCCUCAGACAGCGGCUUGAAGAUGGAAGUCCUGAAGGCGGUGACAGCGCUGGUGAAGAAUUUCCCCAAGCACAUGGUGUCCUCCAUGCAGCAGAUCCUUCCUAUCGUGUGGAACACGCUCACUGAGAGCGCCGCUUUCUAUGUGCGGACCGAGGUGAAUUACACUGAAGAGGUGGACGACCCCAUAGACUCUGACGGUGAAGUCCUGGGCUUUGAGAACCUGGUGUUCAGCAUCUUUGAGUUUGUGCACACCUUACUGGAGAACAAGAAGUUCAAGAGCACGGUGAAGAAGGCUCUCCCAGACCUCAUCUACUACGUCAUCCUGUACAUGCAGAUCACAGAGGACCAGAUUAAAGUCUGGACUGCCAAUCCGCAGCAGUUUGUCGAAGACGAGGAUGACGACACCUUUUCCUAUUCUGUUCGGAUCUCCGCUCAGGAUCUGCUGCUGGCCGUCUCCACGGAGUUCCAGAACGAGAGCGCUGUGGCGUUGGCAGCGGCUGCCACCCGCCACCUGCAGGAAGCCGAGCAGGCCAAGAACUCUGGCAGCGAGCACUGGUGGAAGGUACAUGAAGCCUGCAUGCUGGCCCUGGGCUCAGUGAAGAGCAUCAUCACUGAUAAUGUGAAGAAAGGACGCAUCCAGUUUGACAUGCACGGCUUCCUGACCAGCGUCGUCCUGGCUGAUCUCAACAUCUCCGUGUCUCCCUUCCUCCUGGGCCGGGCUCUGUGGGCGGCCAGUCGUUUCACUGCAGCCAUGUCUCCGGAGCUGAUCCAGCAGUUUCUCCAGGCCACGGUCAGCGGGAUGCACGAGAGCCAGUCUCCCUCCGUCAGGAUCUCCGCUGUGAGAGCGAUCUGGGGGUACUGUGACCAACUCAAGAUCUCAGAGUGCACUCAAGUCCUGCAGCCCUUCCUGCCCAGUAUCCUGGACGGGCUGAUCCAGCUGGCCGCCCAGUUCAGCUCGGAGGUGCUCACUCUGGUCAUGGAGACCCUGUGCAUCGUGUGCACCGUGGACCCUGCCUUCACCUCCAGUGCAGAGAACAAGAUCUGCCCCCUCACCAUUGCCAUCUUCCUGAAGUACAGUAACGACCCCGUGGUGGCCUCGCUGGCCCAGGAUAUCUUCAAGGAGUUGGCUCAGAUUGAAGCCUGCCAGGGGCCCAUGCAGAUGAGACUCAUCCCAACGCUGGUCAGCAUCAUGCAGGCUCCAUCAGACAAGAUCCCGUCCGGACUGUGCUCCACGGCGAUCGAUAUCCUGACCACAGUGGUGCGGAACACCAAGCCCCCGCUGUCGGAGCUGCUGGUCUGCCAGGCUUUCCCAGUGGUGGCACAGUGCACCCUGCGCACUGACGACCACGCCACCAUACAGAACGGAGGAGAGUGUCUGCGGGCCUAUGUCUCUGUGGCUCUGGAGCAGGUGGGCCUGUGGCACGACGAGCAGGGCCACAGCGGGCUCUGGUACGUGAUGCAGGUGGUGAGCCAGCUGCUGGACCCACGCACCUCCGAGUUCACGGCCACCUUCGUGGGCAGGCUGGUCUCCACGCUCAUCGCCAGGGCGGGCACGCAGCUCGGAGACAACCUGGACCAGAUCCUCCGAGCCGUCCUCAGCAAGAUGCAGCAGGCAGAGACGCUCAGCGUCAUGCAGUCCCUGAUCAUGGUGUUUGCUCACCUGGUGCACUCUCAGGUGGAGCCCCUGCUGGAGUUCCUGUGCAGUCUGCCCGGCCCCACAGGAAAGCCAGCCCUGGAGUUCGUCAUGUCAGAGUGGAUGAACAGACAGCACCUCUUCUAUGGGCAAUACGAGGGCAAAGUCAGCACUGUGGCCCUCUGCAAGCUGCUGCAGCACGGCAUCAACACAAACGACAAGCGGCUGCAGGAGAUCCUGGUGAAGGGAGACGAGAUCUUCAACCCCGACGAAGGGAUCCGCACCAGGUCCAAAACGGCCAAGAAUCCCGGGCGCUGGACCAGCAUUCCCUUGCUGGUGAAGAUCUUCAAGCUGAUUAUCAACGAGCUCUCCUCUGUGGUGGAGGCCAGCUCAUCCAGGACAGCAGCAGGAGACUGGAGCCAAGAGUCCAGUGAUAUGUGGGAAGACCAGGAUCACGAUGAGGAGGAGGAUGAUGAGGAGGAUGAGGAUGAUGGACUGACGGGGCAGCUGCUGUCAGACCUCCUCUCUUCCAAUAAAUACGAUGAAGAUUACUAUGAAGAUGAUGAAGAGGAAGACCCAGACGCUCUUAAAGAUCCAAUUUAUCAGAUCGAUUUGCAGGCCUACCUGACUGAUUUCCUCCGGCAGUUUGCACAGCAGCCUUGCUGCAGCAUGUUCUCUGGGCACCUGAACGAAGCGGAGAGGAAAAUCCUCCAAACCAUCGGCAUCUAGAAGAGCAGCCCUUAUCCCCUACGUCGUGUCUGAACGUUUCACCGUGGCGCGCUCUCCUUCUGUCAGAGACACGCCUCCUCCGUGCUCCAGCAUGUCUGUCGCUGGAGAAUGCCAGCUGCUUCUUUUUCCAUUUUUUUUUCUUUAAAAGCACCCUUUUUUUAUUUUUUAGGACUGUAGGGAAGACCUCACGAGGACUGGCGCUGUUAGAAACGAGGGAGGGAGUACGGGGGUCUGGGGAUCUUUUUAGAAGCAGGGAGGGGUGGGGGUGUUUGACAGUGUUUCUUCUGGAGGAGAAUUUAAAAAGCUGUCGCUGAAAGAGGUCUGG